GCAGGAGGGAGCGGCUCUGGUCGAGCGACGUUCACUGCGAACAGGAGAGAGAGUGAGCGGCGGAGAGCGCAGCGGAGCGGACGGGUGGAUGACUACAGACAGUCAGGAUGCGUGAAUACAAACUGGUUGUUUUAGGAUCAGGAGGCGUCGGCAAGUCAGCUCUGACUGUCCAGUUUGUUCAGGGAAUCUUUGUGGAGAAAUACGACCCCACGAUAGAGGACUCCUACAGAAAGCAAGUCGAGGUCGAUGGACAGCAGUGUAUGCUGGAGAUCCUGGACACAGCAGGAACAGAGCAGUUCACAGCAAUGAGAGACCUGUACAUGAAGAAUGGCCAGGGCUUUGCUCUGGUUUACUCCAUCACGGCUCAGUCCACCUUCAACGACCUUCAAGACCUCCGAGAGCAGAUCCUCAGAGUGAAGGACACGGAAGAUGUUCCCAUGAUCCUGGUUGGAAAUAAAUGUGAUCUGGAGGUGGAGCGUGUGGUGGCCAAAGAGUCAGGCAUCGGUCUCGCUCGCCAGUGGAACUCCUGCGCCUUCCUUGAGACCUCGGCCAAGAGCAAGAUUAACGUCAACGAGAUCUUCUACGACCUUGUCCGACAGAUCAACAGGAAGAGUCCCGUUCCAGGGAAAACCCGCAAAAAGUCCACUUGUCAGCUUCUCUAAUGGCAGAUUCCUGCUCACCUGAUAACCAACCAACCAAUCACAGGACAUCUUCCAGCUGGCCACGCCCCUUUAACACAACCAUGUCAUCAUCAGCAUCAGCCACUCUGUUACCAUGACGAUCGCUUCUCCCAUCCUUCAUCACACUAUGUAAAGGAGACUGUUGCCUUGGAAACAUUAAAACAGAACAUCAAAGGACUGCUACGGUGGUGGCGAUGAUGAUGAUGAUUCUUCUGUUGCGGGAAUGCAGGGGCUUGAUUUAAACUACGGUUCCCAUCAUGCUCUCUGCUAGGCUGUCUUUGCAGUGGGGAGUGGCUUCUUGCUUUUUUUUCUUUUCUUUUUAAAACAUUUUAAACUUUUUUUUUUUGUUUCUUUCGCCUUAUUGUUUUCCGGCAGCCCUGAGCCAAUCACAGGGCCAACCGUCAGCUGUGUUGGCAUCGCCGCGGUGAUGACGGUGCCGCCGACACGGCUGACCGUGGGUGUGUGUGGCUCUGGUGAAACCUGUGGAUUCAUACAGUGGUUAUUAUUACAGUGAUUAUUAUUAUUAUGAUUCUUUGUGAAAACAAUUAAGUCAUUUUAUGUUUUUGAUUUUU